CAGCAGUGUUCGAGUUGAUACAGCUAGUUCCACCAGUGGGUGAAACACUGUCUACAUAUGAUGAAAAUACAAGAGACUUCAUGUUCCCGGGUCCAAACCAAAUUUCUGGACACCAUGAUUCAAACCGCCAGGUUACCAUGAGGAGGAUUUCUGGUCUACGAGGAAUUGCUCCAAAGCUGGAAUUUUCUACAACUUCAGUGAUUACUGAAUGUUUGAUAAGUUCAAGGAAGUGCCGCACUCAGGAUAAAUUUAUUUACCAUUCGGCUCCAGUUGAAAAAUCACACGGCAGACUGCAAAGUAGAACAUCUAGAUCACAAAAGAAAAAGUCCAAGUCACCUGAGAGAAAUAAAUAUUGUGUAAAUGCAAAAAGCUACGAACAGCCUACAAUUUCUUCAAAAUCACACUCUCCAUCUCCCUACACAAAAAGACGCAUGUGUGAGCUAUCAGAAGACACCAGGCGGCGGCUGGCCCAUUUAAAUCUGGGGCCCUAUGAAUUCAAAAAAGAAACAGAUAAACCUCCAUUUGUGAUUAGACAUGUUGAUCCUCCAAGUCCCAGGACUGAUACUUUAUUUGGAUCCUCUGGUAGAGACUGUGAAAGAGAUGGAUGGUCCAGGAUGCACAAUGAGCAUUCCCAUCUUGGCUGCUGCAGAUCCAAGGAUUAUAAGGUUAUCAGGACACCCCAUGGGAGAGACUUUGAUGACUCUUUAGAAAAGUGUGAAGAGUAUUUGGGUGCAAGGUCGUGUGGAAAGCCCCAGCAUUCAGCGAGGACCUUACUAGUUCAUUCAGCACCCUCAACAGUGCCGAAGCAUUCUCCGAGCCCUGUGUUAAAUAGAGCUUCUCUUAGGGAAAGAUUCCACUCUGAUUGGUGUUCACCUUCAAACUGCGAUGAGAUCCAUGACCGGGUAAAAAAUGUCUUGAAAUCACAUCAGGCUCAUCCAGGACAUUUAUAUGAUGAGAGAGACCCAGAGAAAGAUGAAGAGCUGGAGCUGAAAAGAGGGCUGUUAUACAGAGACUCUGCCUAUGACAGUGACCCUGAAUAUAGCUCAUAUCAGCGGCCACAUGGCUCUCUCCAUUUGGAUGAUGGUGAAUACUGGUCCAGGGCAGCCUCUUACAAUAAGGGAAAAUCCCACCGACCCGUCUUUGAGAACAGCAUGGACAAGAUGUACAGGAACUUAUACAAAAAGGCCUGUAGUUCUGUUUCUCAUACACAGGAAAGCUUCUGAGACCAUCCAUGAUAAACUGUGUGAAUGUCCGUGUCAACCUCUCAAUGAAAUCGUUUGAUGUGAUCAAUAUCUGUAUUCAUUUUUUUAA